AUGCACAACAUAAAUUACAAAGAGAGAAUUGAAUUGUGGAAUUUGGAAAAUGAAAAAUUUAUGGAGUUAAUAAUUCAUCCAAGUUUGAAUUACUAUCAUCGAUAUUUUGAAAGAGCGCCUGACCUAACAGACAGAGGUUUGGGAUGGACAAAUAUUUGGCUUCGGCUACAACAAGAUGCUAGUCUUCAGUUACUACGAAUGUCAAUUCCAUGUUUUAUAAUGUUAUGUGAUACAUUACAGACAAAUUACAGUCUUCAACCAAUAUUCAAUAUGAGCAUUGAAGAAAGUGUGGCUAUAUUUUUACGGAUAUGUGGGCACAAUGAAAUUCAAAGAGAUGUUGGUUUGAGAUUUUGCCGAAAUCAAGAAACUGUGCAGAGAAAAUUCACUGAAGUUCUUAGGGCUACUGAAUUACUGGCAUGUGAUUGUAUUAGAACUCCAACAAGAGAAGACCUAGACAGAGUUCCUGAAAGCCUUAUACAAGAUCGAAGAUAUUGGCCAUUGUUCAAUGGAUUUGUUGAAGCUAUGGAUGGGACUCAUGUAUGCGUAAAAGUGAAACAAGAAUUACAAGGAAUUUAUUGGGAUCGACAUAAUAAUCCAUCCUUGAACAUCAUGAAAAUAUGUGAUUUGAAUAUGUUUUUCACAUAUAUUUGGAAUGGAGCACCAGGUUCAUGCCAAGAUACAACCGUUUUGACAAUGGCUCAACAAAGUGACUCAGAGUUCCCUUUGCUGUCACCAGAGAAGUAUUAUCUCGUUGAUUCUGGUUAUCCAAACAAACAAGGAUUUUUAGCUCCAUAUAGAUCAUCACAAAACACAGUUGUGAGAUAUCAUAUGGCUCAAUUCAAUUCUGGCCCUGCUCCUAGGAAUAAACAAGAACUCUUCAAUCAAAAUCAUGCGUCAAUGCGUUCUGUUAUCCAGAGAACUUUUACAUGUUGGAAGAAAAAGUGGAGAAUUGUUAAGAAAUUUCUAAGAUAUAGUGUUAAAAUCCAAAAGAGAGUAGUAAUGACUACAAUGGGAUUAAACAUUUUUAUCAAAAUUUCAGAUUUCGCAGAUCCAGAUUUUGCAAAUGUAAUGGCAGAGACAAAUAUAAACAAUAUAGAUUCUGAAUAUGAUUUAGAUGACAUUGAAGGAGCAGAGGCAACUGAUGGACAUUAUAUGAUCUAA